AUGCGCCCGACGUUCUCGCUCCAGGGCGCCUCGCGUCUCCCGCUCACCACCAAGCGCGGAAACAAGGACUACUACAAGGGCACCCGCCAGGCCUACGUCCCCGGCCAGCCCGGUCGCAGGACAGGUGUCCCCGGUCACCACGUCAUUCGCGGCAAGGCAAAGUUCCGUGUCGAGGACGAGAAGGUCCGCUUCUACGUCGGUCCUGGUGCCGAGGCAUUUGAGAACACUACUCUCAAGCCCUACGUCUCCACCUUUAUGAGCAUAAACCUGCCUUCGCUGGGCACGUUUGGCCCCAUGGCCCCCAAGGGCGUCACCGAGCAUACCUUUUCCAAGUGGUACCAGGGCUUGUCGGUGGUCGAGCGCAACGCGCUCAUCCAGCACCAGCGCAGCACGUGGUACAGCAACCUCGUCGGCACCAAGAGGUUUGCCGGCCCCAAGUACCAGCCAAGCAAGAAGGAGCUCGCGGCGCGUGCCGCCGAGGCCAAGGCGCUGGAGCGCGAGCAGCGGAAGAUUGACGCGGACGUCACCAACAACACCACCACCACCACCAGGCCCACCGUCUAG